UCGGUCCUCUUUUUCUUGGAAGCGCCCCUGACCCAUCGCACCAUGGCAGAUCCCGAUCUUGACUUCCAGACUGGCGAGUCUGGCGCCUCCGCCACCUAUCCUAUGCAGUGCUCUGCUCUGCGUAAGAACGGCUAUGUGGUGCUGAAGGGACGUCCUUGCAAAAUUGUGGAGAUGUCCACCUCCAAGACUGGCAAGCACGGGCAUGCUAAGGUUAACCUGGUUGGUAUCGACAUCUUCACCAACAAGAAGUAUGAAGAUAUGUGCCCCUCCACCCACAACAUGGAUGUUCCCUCCAUCAAGAGGAUAGACUACCAGUUGGUUAACAUCAAUGAGAACUACAUGUCCUUGAUGAGUGACAACGGUGACAUCAGGGAGGACCUGCGUGUCCCUGACAACGAAGUCGGCAAGGAAAUCGAGGCAAAGUUUGAUGCGGGUGAUGAAUUCAUGGUCACCGUGAUUUCUGCCAUGGGGGAGGAAUGUGCUGUCGCUACCAAGGUCUUGGCCAGCAAAUAGGGAGACGGACUUUGCUGCCCAGGCAACAAGCACCACCCACAACCAGUCUCUUGCAUUCUCAUUGGUUCUGUCACCAAAGCGUCGGCCUUCACAGACAACCUCAAUCAUUCUGUUGUGAUUUCUCUCAUCAUUGAUCUUUUAUUUUCUCCCCUUCUCGUUUCUCUUUUCCAUUGCUGUUGGGAAUGUUCCACUGCAGCUCGCUGCGUGGUCCUCUGCCUGAUCACUGAGGUUUUGUUUGGUAACAAUCUACUUUAUAUAAAACAACUUCAAAAAUAAUGAUCAGUUGCUCAUUCCUGCUUAUUUUUGCCUUCAAAGUGUUGGUUUUGCCACUCACAUUCCUGAAUGUUUAAAUAACAACGGGAUUCAGCUUUUGUAUGAUUAUUUUUUAUAUUCUUUAGAUUGAAUAUAGCAGGUCUAAAGCCUUUUAGAGGGAGGGGAGGGGGAGGGAGGGAGUUUUUGAGUUGUUAAAGCAGUGGGAGGGAGGGUUGCCCCUGUAGAUACUAAAUUCUGGUUUAGGUUGUCCCUGUAGCAGCCAUACCGCUUUCCAGCAUGGCCUUUGCUCUGGUUCCUGAGUGGAUUGGGCGCGACAAGGUCCGUUUUUCUCCUAAUCGCUGGGAUUGAUGGUGGCUAGCACUUAAGAGCACUUGAGGUCCACCCCAGCAUGUCAAAGCUCUAAAACCAAGAAAAGAGAAGUGUUUUUUUUUUUCUCUCCCCCCAAGAACAGAAACAAACUUCAGUGAUUUACCCUCGUGAUGCCAGUCUCUUGUCUGUGUAGAAGUUUGAGGGGCGUGAGGGUCCUGUGCGCUCACACCUCUCGUUCCCUGGGGCAGUCGAGGGCUCGCCCCGCUGCCCCGGCCAUCCCCCAGUAAAUAAGGAGUGUUCUAUUUUGUUUUGAGAGGCGUGAGUGUGUAGUGGUGUGGGCCUCCGAAAUGUGGGAGGCGGUUUGCAGUGAGGUGUGUGUUUCUUUUGAGGGACUCAAUCGGGUUGGGGAGGGUGGAAGAAUUGCAAACUUUUUGUUCACUCGAGGCCUUUGUCACCUGACUGGAGAUGGCAAAAAUAAAACGAUGAAACAAAUGGACAAAAACUGCAAA